AUGUGGCAUGCAAAUGCAUCUCAAAUCUGCUUUGCGUUAAACUUCGGACGCCUAAACAAUUUGCAAAAACAGAGCAUAUUGGCAACAAUGGUAUCUUCUCCUCUUUCAAUUCGCACCCUCUCUCUUGCCCUCUUCUUUAUCCUCUUAUUCAAUCCUUCCCUCAGCUAUGGCUACGGCCCCUCGAAAGUGGUAAUGACCCAUCAUGGCGGCCCUCUCCUCACCGGAACUCUCAACCUAGCCCUGAUUUGGUACGGUAGGUGUGGCAGAAUCCAAAAGAGUACAAUUAGGAACUUCAUCAAAUCCUUGAACAAUGAAGGUGACAGAACCAACCUCCAGCCUCAAGUUUCGAGUUGGUGGAGUGUUGUUGAGAGCUACCAAUCCGCCGUGCCAGGAGCACGCUAUGGACGACGAAGAAGCCCAAGAAUAAUUGUGAAUGUAGUGAAACAAGUUAGUGAUCUCACCUAUAAGUAUGGGAAAAUCUUGACUACCGUAGAUUAUAUUCCAAAGCUUGUCCAUGAUGCUACUAAUGGAGAUCCCGACCUCAUCCCCGUCAUUGUAACCGCGAGAGAUGUCACUGUUCAAGGACUUUGCACGGGAAAAUGCGCUGAUCAUGGAGUUGUUGAAAACAACAAGCCAUACAUCAUCGUCGGGAACCCAGAAACCGAGUGCCCUGGAUCAUGCGGAUGGCCCUUCCACCAGUCUGACUAUGGGCCAAAGGGCAUGGUCCUGCAACCACCAAAUGCCAAUAUGGCAGCUGAUGCAAUGGUGAUUGCCUUGGCAACAGCAUUGGCUGAUACAGUCACCAACCCUUUUAACAAUGGCUUCUACCAUGGAAACAUGGUCCAUGAGGUUGGCCCUGGCUCGGCUUGCCGAGGCAUCUUCGGCGGUGGUGCAUUCCCUGGAAACCCUGGCAAGGUCCACAUUGACCCCACUAACGGUGGAGCUUUCAACGCUCAUGGAAACAAGGGCAGAAAGUUUUUGCUUCCAGCAGUUUGGAACCCCAGAACAUCUUCCUGCUGGACUCUCAUGUAGACUACUGCUAUAUACAUAUACACCACGGAGAAAGCGUAUAUAUAUAUCUAUAUUCCAGAGGGGUCAGCUCUAUGGGGAAGAUUUUGAAGAUUGAGAAGCAAUAUGAAGUACAUUUCUUUGAAAUAGUUUCAUGCUUUUCUCUUUCUCUUUUGAUACAUUCUUAGUAUACAAACUAGUACUACAGCUACAAUUUUUUUUUCUUUUCAA